AUCAUUCGCUAUCAUCAAGGGCCAAUGUGUCCCCUGGGAAAAGGCCUGAGCUUAGAGUCACCUGCCACUGAGUGACCGCACACCGCUGUCCUUUCCCCCCCGCAGGUCCCUCCCUCUGACAACCUGUUGCUGUUGAUUGCCGCCUCCACCGUCCAAUCAUCGUGCGAUAAACUGAUGCGCCCUCCCCCCCGAGCGCUUGGGGAGUCUGGAUGAAAUCCCCGGCGAUUAGUAGUGAGUAGUGCCUGGGACAGUCGCCUGACAGACAACGGGAGCUCGUCCAUGCCCGUUGUGUAAGUGCGACAGUCGCAGCAGCUGAGAGAAUGAGCUCACACAGGGCGCUGCUGCUCCUCGGGAUAUGGCUGCUGCUCCGCGCACAGACCGGGGUCGCUGACGACUGGAACUUGUCCUACGGAGCCGUGGAAGACACAGAGAUCCUUGCGGCCAACAGCGGGAUCCGAGUUCCGUUCGGCAGGUCAGUCUUCCUGGAUCCCAUCCACGACCUGGUGAUCCAAGUGCGGCCGGGAGACAAGUGUCACGUGACCGUGUUGGGCAACGACCCCCUGUCCCAGAGGCCCGGCCGUCUGACCCCCGUGCGGUUCCCGUGCGAGUUCGGCUCCCAGGAGGUCAAGUACUCACACCUGGGCGCCCGCAGCCCCUCCAGAGACCGAGUGAAGUUGCAGCUGCGCUAUGACAGCCCCACCCGCACCCUCAUCAUCCCCUUCCUGCUCGAGGUGGAGGUGCUGUUCACGCAGCUGGAGGUGGUGACCCGCAACAUGCCGCUGCUAGUGGACAAGCUCCUGGGCACCAGUCCCCCCAUAGACAGGAACAUCCUGGAGUUCACGUACGACAAGAGCUCGGAGCUGUGCCGGGUGAGCCCGCUGCCUGGCCUCUCAGGACUGCCUCGUUAUGGGACUUUAUUCAACGCCCCCGCGCAACUAACUGACUGUGAGGAGUUCCUCCUGCGCGGAGCCCGCUACCAGCACACCGCUUCCUCCCAGUCUCCCAACCGAGACUUCAUCCCUAUGCAGGUGGAGCUGCACGACCGAGCCGGCAAUGUGCUGAGACAGGAGCACUUCCACCUGCUGGUGCGGAUCCGGGAAGGGCUGGAGAACACGCAGCCCAAGCCCAGCUUUGUGGCCAUGAUGAUGAUGGAAGUGGACCAGUUUGUCAUGACGGCCAUCACCCCGGACAUGUUGGCUGCAGAGGACGCGGAGUCGGAGCCGGGGUCGCUCAUCUUUAACAUCACCUCGUCCUUUCUCCCGGGCCAGGGACAGAUUGUCAGCACCGACGAUCGCAACUUGCCCAUCACGUCUUUCUACCAGCGGGACCUGCAGGAGCUGCGCAUCGCUUACAAACCCCCGGCCCAGGACUCGGACAGAGAGCGCAUCUUUGAGAUGGAGCUGGAGGUGGUGGAUACGGAGGGGGCAGUCUCUGACCCCUUCUCGUUUAUGAUCGUGGUAAAACCCAUGAACACCCUGGCACCUGUCAUCACCCGCAACACUGGGCAGCUGCUGUAUGAAGGACAAUCCCGGCCGCUCUCCAGCUCCCAUAACCUACAAAUUAGUGAUGAGGACAACCUGGAGGAGGUUCAGGUGACAGUGCUGGAUGGACUAAGACAUGGACAACUUACCCUGAUCAACUCACCUCCAGGGGGCUCCAAGUUCUUCACUGCCUCAGACUUAGACCAGGGAAGGGUCAUCUACCAACAUGAUGGCAGUGACACUUACAGUGACAACAUUGUGUUCCGCAUGACUGAUGGGAAACAUGAGGUGGAGUUCCUCUUCCCCAUCACUGUGGUGCCAACUGAUGAUGAGCCCCCUUUUGUCAAUGCCAACACAGGAUUAAUGCUCUUGGAGAAGGACGUGGCCCCUGUCACCCCCUUUGUCCUCAGUGCAACAGACAUUGACUCAGAGGACUCCACCAUUCUUUUUACCCUGGAGCCUCCUUAUUCCACCCUGGGUGUAAUGGUGUUGAGACAGAAUGAGAUACCGGAGGAUAUGUCUCAGUGGCAUCUCAUCCCUGAAUUGAACUUGUUUGAGAGAGUGGUGAAAGUGUGGUCUCAGCAGGAUAUUGUAGAUGGCAAACUGUACUAUAAACAUGUCGGACCACACAAUACUGAAUCUGUGAUGGACCAGAUCAUUUUUAGGGUUCAGGAUGACAAUGACCCUCCAAACCAGUCAGGGGAGCACACCUUUUUAGUAAAAAUAAAUCCCAUAGAUGACAUACCUCCUGAGCUUUAUCCUGGUACCACUCUUAAAAUGUUAGUCCAAGAGUACCACCUGACCCCUUUUAGGAGGAAGUUUUUACGUUACACUGACCAGGAUUCUGAAGACAGAGACCUGAAAUACACAGUCAUUUCCCCACCAUCUGACACUGACGAGAAUAACCCAGUUCUUAUGGGAUUCAUUGUUCUGAAGGAAAACCCAGACCAGGUGGUGACUGAAUUCACCCAAGCCCAAAUCAACCACCUCAAGAUUGCCUACAAACCCCCAGAUUUGGAGCUCGGAAUCACCCCACACGUGGUUCAGUUUCACUACACUGUGGAAGAUGCAUCUGGGAAUGUAGCAGAAGGAGACUUCACCAUUUAUCUAGAGCCAGUAGACAACAAGCCCCCAAUUAUUAUCAAUACAGGGAUCACUGUACAAGAGAGAGGAACUCACGUUAUCACCAAAGCAGAGCUGGAUGCAACUGAUGCUGAUACCGGUAAUGACAAAAUCUCUUUUACCCUUACUCAGUCUCCAAAAUAUGGCCAAAUCCUAUAUUCCAGCCACGUCAUGGAGGUUGGGGAAGCAUUUGUUCUGGAUGACAUAUAUAAAGGAAGGAUUGCCUAUACUCAUAGUGGGGAAGAGUCUGCUGCCGACUCCUGUACUCUGGAUGUAAGUGAUGGGGUUCAUAUUGUUACAAUCAUCAUGAAGGUCAUUGUGCGCUUGGUGGAUGAUGAGAUACCUAGAUUGAUGCUGCCAUCUGGUACUAUAGGGUCCUUUUUAGAUGUGCUGGAGGGGAGCUCAGCAGAGAUCACAUCAAAUGUCAUCCAGGGCACUGAUGCAGACACAGAUGACCUAAUGCUGACAUUUAUUGUGGAAGAUCCACCUCUGUUUGGAGAAAUUCUUGUAAAUGGCUUCCCUGCCGAAAGAUUCUCCCAAAGGGACAUUAUUGACGGCUCAGUUGUAUACAGCCACACAUCAGGGGAAAUUGGUUUGCAGAAAAUUGAGGACUCCUUUAAUUUAACCCUCUCCGAUCUGUCAGAGGAGUGGACUAUUGGAGGUAACAAAGUCAAUGGGGUUCGGAUUCAAGUGUCUAUACUGCCAGUGGACAAUCAAAUCCCAACAGUGACUGUGGGGGAGCAGUUUACAGUUAUUGAAGGUGAGAAAGAUGUGAUAACCCCUACACAUUUAAGCGCUUUAGAUGGGGACACUCCUAAUGAUGAUAUACUGUGUACCAUAGUAGUUCAGCCAUCCUCAGGUUACAUUGAGAACAUUUCUCCAGCACCUGGUUCUGAGAAAUCCAGGGCUGGGACAGCUGUAAGUGCUUUCACCUUAAAAGAUAUCAGACUUGGUCAUAUUUACUACGUGCAGAGCAUUCACAAAGGUGUAGAGCAUGUGGAAGAUAGAUUUACCUUCAGCUGUUCUGAUGGAAUCAACUUCUCCCAGAGACACUUCUUCCCUAUUGUUAUUAUACCAGCCAACGAUGAAAAGCCUGACAUAUUCAUGAGGGAAUUUGUAGUCAUGGAAGGAAUGAGCCUUGUUAUUGAUACCCCUAUACUGAAUGCUGCAGAUGCUGACAUCCCAGCUGAUGAUCUCAUCUUCUUUAUCACAAAGCCCCCCAAUCACGGCCACAUAGUGAACCAGCUUACCAAUGGAAGCAUACCUGUCAUCACUUUCGGUCUCGAGGACAUCAAGGAGAGUUCCAGUAUUAUAUAUGAGCAUGAUGAUACAGAAACCAAAGAGGACAGCUUUGAAAUCAAGCUUACUGAUGGAAAGCAUACUGUGGUCAAAACUGUGCUCAUUAUGGUCAUUCCAGUCGAUGAUGAGACUCCUAGAAUGACCAUCAAUGAUGGAUUAGAAAUUGAUAUUGGGGAAACCAAGUUGAUUAAUAAUAAAGUCCUCAAAGCAACAGAUUUAGACUCAGAAGACCCUACUUUAACUUACAUUUUACGUUAUGGUCCUGGUCAGGGUCUGCUGCAGAGAAGGAAGCCACAUGGUGACCUAGAGAAUAUCACCAUUGGCAUGAACUUUACUCAGGAUGAAGUUGAUAGGGAUCUAAUACAGUAUAGACACUUUGGCCAAGAGGGUAUCAGGGAUCUGUUUAAAUUUGAUGUUACCGAUGGCAUUAACCCUCUCAUUGACAGAUAUUUUUAUGUUACUGUGAGUAGCAUUGAUAUGGUCUUUCCAGAUGUCAUAAGCAAAGGUGUGUCAUUAAAAGAAGGAGGGAGAGUCACUUUAACCACUGACCUGCUAAGUACUAGUGACCUGAACAGCCCAGAUGAGCACUUGGUGUUCACUAUUACACGUGCACCUAUGCGUGGGCACCUUGAAUGCACAGACUUGCCAGGGGUGCCCAUAACUUCCUUUACUCAGCUCCAGCUUGCUGGAAAUAAAGUCUAUUACACUCAUACCUCAGAUGAUGAAGUGAAGAUGGACAGCUUUGAAUUUGAGGUCACUGAUGGCUACAACCCAGUAUUCCGCACAUUUAGGAUUUCUAUCACGGAUGUGGACAAUAAAAAGCCAGUGCUAACCAUUCACAAGUUGUUGGUGAGAGAGAGCGAGAAUAAAUUAAUAACCCCGUUUGAACUCACCGUGGAGGACAGGGACACCCCUGAUAACUUUCUCCGGUUCAUUAUCACUCAAGUGCCGGUUCAUGGAAAGAUCAUGUACAAUAAUAGCAAAGCUGUGACUUCUUUUACCAAGCAGGACCUCAACGACAACUUCAUUAGCUACAAACAUGAUGGCACAGAGUCUGGUGAAGAUAGUUUCUCCUUCACAGUCACAGAUGGUACCCACACAGACUUCUAUGUCUUUCCUGAUACUGUCUUUGAGACAAGACAGCCCCAAAUGAUGAAGAUCCAGAUCUUGGCUGUGGAUAAUGGAGUGCCCCAGAUAGUGGUAAACAAAGGUGCCCCAACUCUACGCAUCCUGACCACUGGCCAUUUGGGAUUUUUAAUCACCAGCAAAUCCCUGAAAGCUGAGGAUAGGGACAGUUCCCACCUUUUUCUGCGCUACCGGGUUACUCAAGGUCCCACUCACGGAUUUCUCAUGAACUUGGGAAAAGGAAACCAAAGCAUCAACCACUUCACGCAAGGGGACAUUGAUGACAUGCAAAUCUGCUACGUUUUACGAGACAAAGAGAAUGCAACCAGUGACAUUUUCUACUUUACUGUUGAAGACAACGGAGGGAAUAAGCUAAAGAAUCAGAACUUCCGGCUGAACUGGGCUUGGAUUUCCAUAGAGAAGGAAUACUAUUUGGUGAAUGAAGAUGCCAAACAUUUAGAGGUUAUAUUGAAGCGUAGAGGGUACUUAGGAGAAACAUCAUUUGUCAGUAUUGGUACUGUUGAUGGGACGGCAGAAAAGGAUAAAGACUUCAGAGGGAAGGCCCAGAAGCAAGUGCAAUUCAAUCCCGGCCAAACAACCGCAAGCUGGAGAGUGCGCAUUCUGACUGACGGCGAAUACGAAGAGUCUGAAACAUUCCAGAUUGUUCUGUCGGAGCCUGUUAUGGCUGCUCUUGAAUUUCCAGAAGUUGCCACUGUGGAAAUCAUUGACCCUGGAGAUGAGUCAACUGUGUUUAUCCCAGAGCCAAUUUACAAAAUUGAAGAAGACAUUGGGGAGCUGUUUAUUCCGGUCCGGAGACGUGGAGAUUUGAACCAGGAAAUGAUGGUUUUGUGCUAUACACAGCAAGGAACGGCUUCUGGAACCGUCCCAACAUCCGUUUUGUCGUACUCUGAUUACAUAUCGAGGCCUGAGGACCACAACAGCGUUCUGAGAUUCGACAAAGGGGAUCGGGAGAAAACGUGCCGAGUGGUUAUCAUAGAUGAUUCCUUGUACGAGGAGGCUGAGUUUUUCAAUGUCAGUCUGAGCAUGCCCAUGGGUGGGAAAAUUGGUUUGGAUUUCCCUUCUGCUCAGAUAGUCAUUCUGCCAGACAAGGAUGAUGAACCUGCCUUCUAUUUUGGAGAUGUGGAAUACUAUGUUGAUGAAAGUGCAGGUUUUAUUGAGGUUCGGGUGUGGAGAACUGGCACAGAUCUGUCUAAAACGGCAACUGUUACAGUGCGGUCCCAGAAAACGGAGCCUGUGUCAGCUGUUGCUGGAACUGACUAUGUUGGUAUUAGUCGAAAUCUGGAUUUUGCACCAGGUGUGAACAUGCAGACUUUCAGUGUAAUCAUUCUGGAUGAUCUUGGAAAGCCGGUGCUGGAGGGAAUAGAGAAGUUUGAGCUGGUGCUCCAGAUGCCAAUGAAUGCCGUCCUGGGAGAGCCCAGCAAAGCUACAGUAUUUAUCAAUGACACUGUUUCUGACUUGCCAAAGGUACAAUUCAGAGAGCCAGUGUACACGGGAAAUGAAAAUGAUGGGCAAAUUGAAACAAAAGUUUACAGGAGUGGAGAUGUCAGCUACAAGUCUACGGUGCGCUGCUACACAAGGCAGGGAUCUGCACAAGUCAUGAUGGAUUUUGAAGAACGUCCAAACACUGAUGAUUCCAUCAUAACCUUCUUACCUGGCGAGACGGAGCGUAUCUGCAUUGUUGUGCUGAUGGAUGAUACAAUUCAUGAGGAAGAUGAAGAGCUGCGCCUUGUUCUGGGCACUGCAAGAAGCGAGUCACCAUUUGGAGCUUCCAUUGGAGAACUGAAUGAAACACUGAUAAAGAUUAAAGAUGACGCAGAUAAGGCAAUAAUCAAAUUUGGAGACACCAAAUUCAGCGUCAAUGAGCCAAAGGAACCGGGACAGAUAGUGGUUGUAAAAAUUCCUGUGGUUCGCCUGGGAGACACAUCAAAGGUUUCUAUUGUGCGAGUGCACACAAAGGAUGGUUCUGCAACUUCUGGAGAGGAUUAUAACCCUGUGUCAGAAGAAAUUGAGUUUAAGGAGGGAGAAACACAGCAUGUUGUGGAGGUUGAAAUUCUUUACGAUGGCGCAAGAGAAAUGAGGGAAGCUUUCACUAUUCACCUAAAGCCCGAUGAGAACAUGGUGGCAGAAACUCAGAUGACCAAGGCCAUUGUCUAUAUCGAGGAGAUGAACAGCAUGGCUGAUGUAACUUUCCCAUCAGUGCCCCAAGUCUACUCCCUUCUGAUAUAUGAUGACACUUCAAGAGCUAAAGAAAACCCUAAUCCAGUUGCUGGUUAUCCCGUUGUCUGCAUUACAGCUUGCAACCCCAAAUACUCCGAUUAUGACAAAACUGGUUCCAUAUGUACAAGUGAAAAUAUAAACAAUACCCUGACACGAUACCGCUGGCUUGUUAGUGCACCCACCGGGUUGGAUGGAGUAACCAGUCCCAUGAGAGAGGUGGACUUCGAUACGUUCUUUACUUCGUCCAAAAUGAUCACACUGGACUCCAUAUAUUUUCAAGCCGGCACUCGGGUACAGUGCGCUGCUCGGGCAGUAAACUCAGAUGGGGAUGAUGGUUUGGAGUUAAUGAGCCCAAUCGUGACAAUAAGUUUAGAAGAAGGCCUUUGUCAGCCUCGAGUGCCUGGUGUUGUCGGAGCUGAGCCUUUCUCUGCCAAGUUGAGAUACACUGGGUCUGAAGAUUCGGAUCAUCAAAAUCUCAUUAAAGUGACUGUCACGCUCCCUCAUAUUGAUGGUAUGCUACCUGUUGUUUCAACCAGGGAAUUGUCCAACUUUGAGCUUACCCUCAGCCCCGAUGGAACAAGGGUUGGAAACCACAAAUGCUCAAACCUCCUGGAUUUUAGCGAAGUGAGAACUCGUCAUGGGUUUUUGACCGAUGCAACCAAGAAUCCAGAUGUGAUAGGAGAGACCUCUCCUUACCAGUAUAGCUCACAGCUCAGAGGAGCCAGUACUCUGCGAUUUUACAAGAAUCUUAACCUAGAGGCUUGCUUGUGGGAAUUCACCAGCUACUAUGACAUGUCUGAGCUUCUUACUGAAUGCGGUGGCACCAUUGGCACAGAUGGACAGGUCCUAAACCUUGUUCAGUCCUACGUAACCCUGAGAGUCCCCCUACACGUGUCCUAUGUGUUUCACUCACCCGUGGGCAUUGGCGGCUGGCAGCACUUUGAUCUGCACUCGGAACUGCGCCUGACGUUUGUGUACGACACUGCCAUCUUGUGGAAGGACGGUAUUGGCAGCCCUCCAGAAGCAGAACUCCAAGGCUCCCUGUACCCGACUAGUAUGCGAAUUAACGAACAGGGGCGUUUGGUUGUCAACUUUAAAACAGAAGCUCGGUUCUACGGUCUCUUUGUAAUGUCACACUCAGCAUCUUCACUGAGUUCCAUGAUCAUGUCGGCUGAUCAUCCAGAACUGACUUUUACUCUCAGCCUGGUACGGAAUGAGCCUUCAUUUAAUCAGCCAAUGCAACAGUGGACCUUUGUCUCGGAUUUUGCAGUCCGGGACUACUCAGGAACAUACACAGUGAAGCUCAUCCCUUGUACUACUGCUCCUUAUCAAGAAUACAGUUUGCCUGUUGUGUGUAACCCUCGCGAGCCAAUAUCCUUCGAUAUCGAUAUCAGAUUCCAGCAGGUCAGCGACCCAGUGGCUACGGAGUUUAGUUUGAAUACACAGAUGUUACUUCUAUCUAAGAAAGUUCUCUGGCUCUCCGAUGGAUCGAUGGGAUUUGGACAGGAAAGUGAUAUCGCAUUUUUGGAAGGGGAUAUCAUUUAUGGCCGUGUGAUGGUGGAUCCUGUGCAGAACUUGGGGAAUUCAUUUCACUGCAGCAUUGAGAAGGUUUUCCUAUGCACAGGGGCUGAUGGAUACGUUCCAAAGUAUAGCCCAGACAACAAUGAGUAUGGCUGCCUUGCAGACUCUACAUCACUCUUGUAUCGUUUUAAGAUCUUGGAUAAAGCUCAGCCCGAAACACAAGCUUCUAAGUUUGGCAACGUGAAUUUCAAUGCAAAGCUUGCUGUUGAUGACCCUGAAGCUCUACCACUGGUCCGGCAGCCUGGUUCAGAUGGUUUUAAAGUAGACUCAACCCCUCUAUUUCAGGUCUCUUUGGGUCGGGAGUGGUACAUACACAUGAUCUAUACAGUGAGAUCUAAAGAAAAUGCCAACAGAGGGAUUGGUAAAAGAAGUGUUGAGUAUCAAUACCAUUCUCUUGCUUCUGCUGUCCAUUCUGGAUCUUCCAUCACUAAUCGUAAGAAAAGAGAUGUUGAUGAAGCCCCAGCAAUCGCUCAGGAAAUAGGCAUGGAUAACAACAGAGGAACCAACAUUCAGCACAUUGCCUUGGAACGCAAUAGCAAGAAACAGAUCCCUCAGAAAGAAGUGACUCUUGAGGGGAUCAUCCCUAGGGAACUCAACCAUAAAGAUACUGAGGUCAACGUGGUCACCAUCGUAGUCAUCAUUGCUGCUAUAUUACUACUGGCUAUUUGCUUAAUUGCUAUUAUUAUUGUAUUAAUGAAACGCAAGCAGAAAUCAAAAAAGAAAGAGGAUGGAAGAGAGUCUGGAAGCAACGAGCCUAUGAUGCCCUCUCGGGGAUAUAGCACUGACAGCUCAGAGGUUUGAUGAUAAACUUUAUCAGAAAGGAGGCCAGCAUAUGAACAUUCGAGUAGACCAUCGUGCUGGGCCUUGUGGUCACUGCUCUUGAACACUUCAUGAUAUCGAAAGUAUUAGGACCAUGUACUUUUCAAAUGGAUCAUUCACGCAAAAGGCCUCUAUUUUAUAUAAAAGCCGACAGCCUUAAAACAUGCCUUGCACAAAAAAAAGGUGCUGAACUAAAACUAUAAAAUAAUCAUUCUUAAAAAAACAUUUUUUUUAAUUAUUUAAAAAUUAAAAUAUGCAAAGGUGCUGAUAGCUCUGUUCUUUGUUUUUAGGGAGAGCUUAUAUUAAUGUUAUCCAUUUAACUUUGGAGGUUCAAUGAUCCAAAAUAUAUGUCAGCUGGUUGUGUAUCUGGCCAUGUGUUUGCUACCCCUAAUUUCCACAAGGGACUUGUCUGGUAUUUAAGCUAAAGGAUAAGUAAAUCGUUAAAGUAAGUGAAGGUAAAAUUGAUGAGGUGGGGCUAUUCAAAGCACUUUUGCAAUGUACAUUUGUUUAUUUUUUUAAUUCCAAGAUAUUAAAGGAUACAUGUUCUGUAACAUGAAUGAUUUCUUUAUAACAGCGUCAUCUGCUGGUCAUUUUCCGAUCCUUUUUAAACACCAAGUAGUCAAGGAAGUUGUCAGGAGAAAGAAUGAGGGCUGGUUCUUCUGGUUAGAAAAGAUGUGAGAAAGGUUUCUAGUUUUUUUUUCUUCUUUUUUCCUAAGCUGAAGAACAUCAGAGCAGCCUUUUUCUUUCUAGUGAUAACUUCUUUGACUGCCUGGGGGUAUAUUUAUCAAAGAGUGAAGUUAAUAGUGAAGUUCUGCCACUAGAGUGAAAUUCCGCCACUCUCCAUUCAUUUCUACGGGAUUUUUAU